UGAAUGCCAACACUGCACUGGACUGUGUUGUGUACGUAAUAUUCGGUGAUGAUUAAUAAUAAUAUUUUAAAGCAGGAAAGAAAGAACACUGUGAAUACUCAUAUGUAUAGAACAACACGAUGUAUACCAAGUUAUCCCCACCGCCAAGUCCCAUAGAUGUGGAUGCUCAAACACAGAUGCCUUCUCCUGUUCCAGGCUGCAAUCCAUGCAGAUCAUCUGCGACUUAUAAAAGACACAAGUAUUUAAGAAGGCUCAUCAAAUUUCGUCAGAUGGACUUUGAAUUCGCCUUUUGGCAGAUGCUGUAUUUGGUUAUUGCUCCACAAAAAGUAUAUAGGAACUUCAACUACAGAAAACAAACAAAAGACCAGUAUGCAAGAGACGACCCAGCAUUUCUUGUACUUCUCAGUCUCUGCCUUGUUGGUUCAUCAGUUGGCUUCUCACUUGUCUUACGGCUUGGCUUUUUUGGUUUUGUAAAGUUCAUGUUGUGGGUUGUAUUUAUUGACUGCAUUGGAGUAGGCCUGAUGAUCGCAAGUAUAUUCUGGUUUCUGACAAAUCGCUACCUUGUAAGACCAACACACACUGGCCAGGAUGUUGAGUGGGGUUACUGCUUUGAUGUGCACCUCAAUGCAUUCUUCCCAUUGCUUAUGAUUUUGCAUGUUUUCCAGUUGAUUUUCCUAAAGCAUUUUAUAGCUGUUGAACCGGACUGGUUUCUUCCAAAACUAUUUGGAAAUACCUUGUGGCUAAUUGCAAUUGGGUACUACAUCUAUAUCACGUUCCUAGGAUACAGUGCAUUACCUUUGCUACACAAGACGCAGGUUCUACUCUAUCCCACGUGUGUGCUGGUAAUAGCCUACGUCAUCACCCUGGCGGUUGGCUGGAACAUCAGCAAGGGCUUGAUGUACUUCUACGAAUACAGGGUGGGCUGACCUAAUGGCAUGGUCACAGUAUAGCACGCUCUGACAAUGCUGGUUGUGGGAUGACGUGGUACGUUGUACCAUGUACAAUCAUUCGGCGUAGGGGUUUAAUGCACACACUAGUCCCUAGCGUCUACACCAGGGGGAGCCAUUUCCUGGUACAUGUGCUCGCCUGAUGCACAUGCUGGUGUAAUAACCUGUAAAACUGGAAGGUCAUUACUAAAAUAUAACUCGUUUACCUAUAAUUUCGUGAGGCCAAAUACUAUUGCACUCCGAAACUCACCGCGCUAAAGAAGUUUAAUUAUUAGUUGUAUUAUUUGCAGAUGGAGGAUAAUGUGACGAUUUGUACAAUCAAUGUCAUAGUCGGAACUAAUAGGUCAAGAUAAAUCUUACACAUUUGUCUGUCA